AUGAAGACCAGGGUUCAGAUCCUGGCAGUGGAUUCUAGAUUUGUGGGUGGGAGUGAUUGCUGGGCGUACGCAGUGGUGGCAGCGGUGGAGGCAGCCCACAGGAUUGCAAGCAACUGGGCGCAGCCCCCCGUGCUGUCGGUGGAGCAUCUGCGCCUUGCCCUCUCCUCCAACUGCGACGGUGACUCGCCCACCAAGGCGCUGCAGUUCCUCCUCAACGCCACCGCGCACGGCAAGGGCUUGCUGGAGGAGGCUGCGUACUCUCAAGGGCUGGCUCUUGAAGGAAGAUCGUUGGCGAGCACCCCCACGUACUAUGGAAUUCGCGGCAUCGAGCGCACGGGGUUCUACGGGUGGCUUGGGCUCAUGCUGGCAGUGCAGCGCCAGCCUGUCAUUGUGCACAUCGAGGCGUCCGCACCCUCCUUCCAAGACUACGAUGGGAGAGGCAAGUAUGCGGACAAGGAGUGUUUCAGCAACCACCUGAAUCACGUGGUGCUGGUGGUGGGCUACCUCUCUGCGGGCCCCUUUAACUCCGCCGUGCCGCCGCCCUUCUGGAUCAUCCGCAACUCAUGGGGCACAGGCUGGGGCGACCAGGGCCACAUGCGGAUGGACAUUCGCAGUGGAGAUGGCAUUUGUGGCAUCAACACUCUCCCAGGCCUCUUCCCGGUCGUCAGAAGCAGUGCUGAUCCGUGUGGAUCACGCUCCUUCCAGUACGGCGUUCUAGGCCCGGCCUUCAACCCGUGUGGGCGGUUCAACUGCAGCAAGAAGGGCACCAGCAAUCGCUGCAAGUGCACUGACGCUCGCUUUGCUCAAGUCAAGAACACCGAUGGGUCGUACACCUGUGCCUAUGUGGACGUGUGUGGGUCCAGCACUCGCAACCCGUGUGUGGUGGGCACGUGUGUGAACGAUGGCAAGGGCAGCUACUCCUGUGUGUGUCCCCCAGGGUUCAUCCAGGGCACCACCCUCGCCAACACCGCCUCCUGUGCUCCGGGUAACACCCCUCUGCUGCUCUCCUCCUGUGCUCCGGGUAGCACCCUCCUGCUGCUCUCCUCCUGUGCUCCGGAGAUGCAGGGGGGGGUGUACACCGUGCGGCAGAGCAACGUGUGGUGCUCCGAUGUGCAUCCCAUAUUCGCCCUCACACUAGACCAGUUCCUGCAGCAGAACAAGCCAUUGUCUCUUGCAUGUGCCAUCAUCCCUGCAUGUGCCAUCGUCCCUGCAUGUGCCAUCAUCCCUGCAUGUGCCAUCGUCCCUGCAUGUGCCAUUGUCCCUGCGUGUGCCAUCAUCCCUGCAUGUGCCAUCAUCCCUGCAUGUGCCAUCGUCCCUGCAUGUGCCAUGGUCCCUGCAUGUGCCAUCAUCCCUGCAUGUGCCAUCGUCCCUGCAUGUGCCAUUGUCCCUGCAUGUGCCAUUGUCCUUGCAUGUGCCAUUGUCCCUGCGUGUGCCAUCAUUCCUGCAUGUGCCAUCGUCCCUGCAUGUGCCAUCGUCCCUGUAUGUGCCAUUGUCCCUGCAUGUGCCAUCGUUUCUGCAUGUGCCAUUGUCCCUGCAUGUGCCAUCGUCCCUGCAUGUGCCAUCAUCCCUGCAUGUACCAUCGACCCACUGCAUGGCCCACAGGGCAUCGCCUGCUCUGCUCCUCUGCACCUCAACUCAAGGCUGCGCGUCAACUCCACAGAGCAACCCUGCUCUGUCUUCUACAACACCUUGCUCAACGACACGUGUGCGGGGGUGGGGCGGCAGGUUGAACUGUGUUGGCCGGCGGCGUCCGAUGCGGCGUGUGAGGCGGCAUUUCACGCGCUCAACCCCGCUGUCAACUGCUCCUCCCUGAGGCCCUCCCAGGCCGUGUGCAUCGAGAGGGACCCCGCCAAGGCAAAUUUGACGGUGGUGUGCGACCAGUACUACCGGGCGCGCCUCAACGACACAUGCGACAGCAUCAGGCAGCUGGCCGAGCCUCCUCUCAGCCCCGUGGACUUCUACCGCCUCAACCCUGGCGUCAACUGCAACCAGCUCAUCCCCCUCAAGGAAUACUCGGGCUCCAUCAUCCCAAGAAAUUCUUUUGGUGCGGAGGUGGGUCACAGUGGUGCAUGGAGUAGGGUGCAUGCAGCAUGA